AUGACCGGGGCCACUCGAAGGCGCAUCAAAGGCGGUCUUUUGCGUGCCGAAAAGCAGGAGGGUUCGAAUGGACGAGGAGAAGAUGGGGAGGGAGAGGGAGAGGGAGAUGAUGAGGAAGAGGAGGAAGAGGAGGAGGAGGAAGAAGAAGAGGACGACGACGACGACGAGGAAGAAGACGAGGAUGGGGAGGAGGAAGAAGAGGAGGAAGUAGAAGAAGUGGAGGAGGAGGUCGAAGAGGAAGAAGAGGAAGAAGAGGAGGAGGAAGAGGAAGAUGAAGAAGAGGAGGGGGAGGCGGAAGAAGAGGAGCCGGAUCAAUUGGUUCUCCUAAGUCUUCCCGGCCCUCCUGAGCUCUCUCAAGCGCCAGUGAAGGGUCGUAGUGGUUCGGCCCAUCCAGCUCGUCCCAUCUCUCGGCACCAACAUUCACAACAACAGCAUCAUCAUGCUCGUCCGUCGUCUCGUCUAGUCCAGGGGGACGAAGAUGUCCAGAACCAGUUGCUACAUCAGCAACAUCAGCAGCAGCAACAACAACAGCAGCAAUAUCAACAGAUGACGCAUGUGAUACCGCCGUUCCACGGCCUACCAACAGCCGUCCGACAGACGGGAUCUACAGGUCCAGUUGGACCGCCAUGUUCCACCGGAACGACACGAGCCUCGGCCUCGUUGAAUGGCAGCACACCGAACAGCCACGACAGCCCGAGUCUUCUUUCGCCAGGACCGGGACUCGGUUGUCCCGGCACCGGAGGCGGUAGCACCACCAGCACCACCACAGCGAGCGGAGGCGUGAGCGGACCUGGCGGUGGUACCAACUCUGGCGGGGCUGUUGGAGGAGGGACAGGAGGAGCCACCGGCGGUACCAAGCGUCGGGGUCCGAGGACCACUAUCAAAGCUAAACAGUUGGACACCCUGAAGGCAGCCUUCAUGGCCACGCCGAAGCCGACGCGUCACAUUCGAGAACAGCUCGCCCAAGAGACUGGACUCUCGAUGCGUGUGAUUCAGGUGGGAGACUACACUUUUCCCAGAAUGUACCAGCUCGGAUAUUGA